UGCAGGUCACCUGCAGCAUAUAUAAACUUGUCACAGCUUCUCUUUGGCAUCAGAGCUGUUUCUGCAACAAGAUGGCUGGUCACUUCGCUUCAGGCUCUCUCCUCCUGGUUCUGCUGAUUGGCUCAGGCUAUGCCUUCCCUUCAAAGAAAGGAGGCUACAGUCCUGGCUCCUCAGUGGCCAGCAGUGGUGUUGCCAGUGCUCCUGCCGUCUCCAACUGGGAAGCUCCGUCAUCUGGUGGAUAUGUCCCUUCAGCAUCCUAUUCUGGAGCUGUGGCUUCUUCAGCUCCUGUAGAAGCUGCUCCAGACACUGGAUAUGUUUUUGCUCAGCCGGUGGGACAACCAGCCACUUCUUACAGCUCUAGCUCUGCUGCACCAGUACAUCCUGGCUACAUGUCUUCUGGGGCCUCUUUUCAACCAGCUGCAAUGCAAGAUAUUGCCUGGAUGGUUGAGCCUCCCACUUUCCUUGCUGUUCAAACUCCUGCUCAACUGGCGGCCUCCAGUGGCAGCUCCAGCAAUGUGAACGCACCUGUCCGCCAGGGAGGUGAAAUGUCUUCAUAUGAGAGGAGCGUUGAACACGGCAACGCUGAAUCUGAGACGGAAGCUCACGGCUCCCAGCCAGCACCUUCUGUAGAGGCUGAGGUUUCCACUGACGAGUCCACCAGUGAAGUUCAGCCAGAAGUCGUCCGCAGACGCUUUCCUGUCCUUCCUUAUCCCUAUGACUUCAUGUUCCUGACCGGUCAGUAUCCUGCAGGAGUCAUCACUCACUCCAGCCAGGCCUACGAGCAGGGGGCAGACCACUGGCAAGACGCCCACUACGUCAGGUACCACCUUCCUGCCUUCACCUUCAUUAAGGAGCAACCCCAGAUGGCUCCAAGUGUGAAGAAUGUCAAGCAGCCUGUGAAACAACAGGUUAAGGGUGGAUACUAAGUGAAUCCCCGCAGACCUUGUGGUGUUCAAUAAAACUGGUCAAGGGUGGGUAUUAGAAGAAUCCCUACAGACCUUGAUUGCGACGUCAAUAAAAAAAAUCUAUUUCA